AUGAUUGACUUACGUCCUACUCGUUCUAUUGAAAAAGGGGAUGCUACCUAUAUUCGCUCGAGAUCUCAUAGUAAAACUAGAAAACCUUCACUGCCACGGAGGAAUUCUUCCUCCAGAUCUAUCAAGACCAUUCCAAUUGAAUUAGAGAAAGAAGGGCCAGCUACGCCACAAUCUCUUGUUUUAGGCGAAAGUAUCUCAGUACCAUAUGUUAAAAGUACCUUGGACAUAUCACUUCCACAUGAUCUAUUGCAAGAAGAUUUUAAAAACUUGAUCAUAGCUCUCCGUGUCAAACAUUGGUAUAAACAUGAUCUUGAUGCCAGCAUGUUAAGAUUUACAAGAAUAAGUGGUGCGAUGACCAACGCUAUAUUCAAAGUAGAGUACGAUAAUCUGCCAUCUUUGCUUGUCCGAGUGUACGGUCCUAAUGUUGAAUCUGUCAUUGACAGGGAAUACGAGUUACAAGUGUUGGCAAGAUUGUCAAUUCAGCAUAUCGGACCUUCGUUGUAUGGCUGUUUCGAAAAUGGUAGAAUUGAGCAGUUCUUGGAGAACUCGCAUACGUUGACCAAAUCAGACAUUAGAGAUUGGAAAACUUCGCAGCGUAUUGCUAGAAGAAUGAAAGAGUUACAUUCGGGUGUACCGUUGCUCUCGAAAGAAUUGAAGGAUGAGCCUGCUACAUGGAAACGCAUAGAAAAAUGGACGAAUACUUUAGCUAAGAGUUCUUGGAUCCAAGACAACGAUAACAUCAAUAAAUACCUUAUGGUAUCAAGUUGGGACCAGUUUUUAUCAAUUGUAGCGAAGUACAAGAAAUGGUUACAACAAAAGCCUUCGUAUAGGAAACUAGUCUUUUGUCAUAAUGAUGCACAAUACGGUAAUCUUCUUUUUGCUGCCCCAGUUAUACCCGUUACAGCAGACUCGGAAAUUUCACAAUCAGUCUCAAACUUAUCAAUAUCUGAGUCGAACUCAUCUUUAUUCCCAUCAUCUAGUCAUGUCUCUUUGGAAGAAAUCAUAAAUCCAUCAAUUCAAGAACAGGCGCAAGACGCCAAAUUGGUGGUUAUUGACUUUGAAUACGGUGGACCUAACCCACCUGCUUUUGACUUGGCCAAUCACCUAUCCGAGUGGAUGCAUGAUUAUAACUGUUCUACCCCAUAUGUUGUUUUCCAUGACCGGUUCCCAACUCACGAAGAAAUGCUAAAUUUCAUCUACUCUUAUUUAUCACAUUUGAAUCCUAAGAGGAAACAUAUGGAGGAAGAAGUAUGUGAACUAUAUAACGACAUUUUAGAUUGGAGAGGGAGUGUUUCUUUACAUUGGGCAUUAUGGGGGAUUAUCCAAUCUGGUGAACUGACUACUGAAAUAGACGAAAGUGAAAAGACAGAAGAAGGUCCUGGAGGUGAGAAAUAUAUUAUUACUGUUGACAAGUUAUCCUCUCCUACCAUCGAUGGUGAUGACUCAGGCGAAGAGGAAAAUGCAGGUGUUGAUAUUGAUACUUUUGAGUACCUAUUAUAUUCUAAGAACAAGCUGGAGAUCUUCUAUUCAGAUCUCAUCCAACUCAAUGUCAUUGAUAAAAGCGAAGUUUUGAAUGCUGAUGAUCUCAAGGUGAUAAAAAUGAGACGCUUGUAA